AAGCAAUCAAACUGUCGAUGACAGCUAGGUAAACAUUAACCAGUAGAGUUGGUUCACGUGUCAGGCGUCAGGCGGCUUUUACUCCGCGGUUGUAAAACGGAUCAUGGCGACCGCUGCGGUUCCCUGUGCGUGGUUAAGAGGACAGAACAUUUUGUACAGAUAUUCUGUCAGAGUGCACCGAACCGGCCGGAGUUUUUCAGAUAGCAGUGACAAAGGCUGGUUUCGCUCGCUGUUUGUCCACAAAGUCGAUGCCAGGAAAGAUGCCCACUCCAACUUGCUGUCAAAGAGGGAGACCAGCAACCUGUAUAAAAUUCAAUUCCACAAUGUCAAGCCAGAGUGCCUGGAAGCGUACAACACUCUAGAGGCUGAGGUACAAAACAGACUCCAUCAUGACCAGGACUAUCCGUGUGAGGUGGUCGGAAGCUGGAAUACCUGGUACGGAGACCAGGAUCAGGCUGUGCAUUUGUGGCGGUACAAUGGAGGCUACCCGGCCUUGACUGACUGCCUCAAGAAGUUGAACGAGAACAAGGAGUAUUUAGAGUUUCGAAAAGAGAGAGCAAAAAUGUUGAUCUCCAGAAGAAACCAGCUUCUCCUGGAGUUCAGUUUCUGGAAUGAACCUUUUCCGCGACCAGGACCAAACAUCUAUGAGAUGCGUACAUACAACCUCAAGCCAGGGACCAUGAUUGAGUGGGGCAACCACUGGGCGAGAGCAAUCAGGUACCGCCAGGAGAACAACGAGGCCGUGGGUGGGUUCUUCUCACAGAUCGGGGACCUGUACGUCGUUCAUCACCUGUGGGCGUAUGAAAAUCUUCAGUCCAGAGAAGAAACAAGGAAUUCUGCCUGGCUGAAAGACGGAUGGGAUUCUAGCGUGUAUUACACAGUGCCUCUGAUCAGGAGCAUGGAGUCCAGGAUAAUGAUUCCUACCAAGAGUUCACCAUUACAAUAAAAAAAAUACAGACCCUGAAAAAAGGAGCAACAAAUAUAUUUAUAUUCACAUCUUGUACUAUAAGUCAGAACUUACAUGUAGAACAACAUGUAGACGAUCUCGGUCUCACCGACCAUACAUAUUGUCAUAUCAGCUGGCUGAUCGGUUACUGCGAAGUUUGUGAAUGUAAAAUAUGUUUCUGAUUCCGUGCAGAGUGGCCGUGGCUUUAUCUCUUUGACAGCUUUGGUUCAGGUCAAUAAUCGAAGCAAACAGCAGUAGACAACAAUUAAGUUGAAGUUUUUUGUAAUUUAUGUGAUUAUGUGAUUCUUUAAAGCUUCUUUUUAGUUUUUAUACUUGGCUAUGCUAACGGACUGUAAGUAUUACUUUGUUGCAUCGUGAAGAAUUUAAUGAUCGUAAAUGUGAAGUACGUCGGUUUGAGUUUCUGUGGCUAGAUUGUAAAUCCUACAUUAAAUCAGAUGAAGUUUUUGUCUUUCAGUUGAAAGUGUGUGAAGACACCGCUUAAAAGACGUGUUCUCGAAUGAAACGAGCAGGCUUUUCAAAAUAAAAGCUGACUGAUUCGAA